GCAUUGUAGUUUUACAGAAGUAGACACGAUCAGAGAGAGAAGAGAAGGAGAGGGAUUGAGAUCAGAGAAUGGGGAGGGGCUGGGCAAUCGCAGUUCACGGCGGCGCCGGAGUUGACCCCAACGUCCCUCUCCACCGGCAGGAGGAAGCGAAACUACUCCUCGCCCGUUGCCUCAACCUCGGCGUCUCCGCCCUCCGCUCCUCUCUCCCUGCCAUCGAUGUCGUCGAACUCGUCGUAAGAGAGCUGGAGAGCGAUCCCCUGUUCAACUCGGGGCGGGGAUCGGCACUGACGGAGAAGGGGACAGUGGAGAUGGAGGCGAGCAUAAUGGACGGGCCGAGGAGGAAGUGCGGGGCCGUGUCGGGGGUGACAACGGUGAAGAACCCAGUGUCCCUGGCCCGCCUGGUGAUGGAGAAGUCGCCGCACUCUUACCUGGCCUUCGCUGGCGCCGAGGAGUUCGCCCGUCAACAGAGCGUUGAGAUGGUGGACAACGAGUAUUUCAUCACUGAAGAGAACAAGGGAAUGCUGAAACUGGCUCAGGAGGCAAACACCAUCAUUUUUGAUUACAGAACCCCAAUCACGGCUCUUGAGACUUGCGGCACGAGCGUGGAUAAUUCCCUGAUGAUGAACGGCCUUCCCAUCAGUGUGUAUGCACCAGAGACAGUGGGGUGUGUGGUAGUGGAUAGCGAAGGCCGAUGUGCUGCCGCCACUUCCACAGGUGGCCUAAUGAACAAGAUGAGUGGCCGGAUCGGAGACUCGCCCCUGAUCGGAUCUGGCACCUACGCCUGCAAUCUCUGCGGGGUCUCCUGUACCGGGGAAGGUGAGGCCAUCAUCAGGGGGACGCUGGCUCGGGAUGUGGCUGCAGUCAUGGAGUACAAAGGCCUGGGCCUGCAGGAGGCGGUCGAUUUUGUGGUCAAGGAGAGGCUUGACGAGGGGGGCAAGGCGGGGAUAAUUGCUGUGUCGAGGGACGGGGACGUUGCCUGUGGGUUUAACAGCAAUGGGAUGUUUAGGGGGUUUGCCAGCGAAAACGGGUUCAUGGAGGUUGCCAUCUGGAAUUAAUCGAAUCGAGACCAAAAAAUAUCAGAUAGUCGAAGUCCAAUAGGUCCGCUCUCAUCCUAAUUCGUCUUUGUGCUCUGCUUGUAUGUUAAAGCAACUGUCGCGAUUAAUUAGCUUUAUAACUUUACCCAAUAGAAAUACCCGGUGUCGGUUAAGUGUCGCUUGUGAUCAAGAACCGUAAUGGUAGUGCGAAUUUCUCGACUUUCAUCAA